UUAGGCCGCAACUUGCCGCACGAUACCACCGCGGAGUCACGAAUAGAACCAACUUUAUAUGUUCUCGUCAUGAUUGUUUUCUACAAGCGAUACCAUAACAGCGUCAAUAACGCUGAAGCAUGCCUGAGCUUCGUCGGCGUCUGCAUAGCUAGCUAUCUCGAUAACUUCACCUCACAGCAAUCAGAAGUUCCGACAUUGAUGACGGGUCGCUUCACAUGUGCGAUUCUUCAAAGCAUAUCAGCUAUCGCGUUUCGCAUAAUCAUUAUGGCGGCGUCGUAACAGGCUAAAUGUACGUCCCCUCGUGUGGCAUUCGAACUUCGGAGGUGUUCGAGCGUUCUCACCAUUAUAAACAGGCAUGGCCAGACCGCACUCAGGCCGAAGUGUGCACACCUCCUGUGCCUCAACAUGUUCAAUACGUGCCAGUGAAGACCGGUGGUUUAGCAUCUAUAUCUGACUAUCAAGCAAGCACUUCACUACUGACUGACCUUCAAAUACUGACGAACCCCUCAAUCAGCGACGGACAGGAUAUUUUGGGUGAAGGAAACAUAGAAGUUGCCGCAGUCACUGCCAUAUUCGAGGUGCAGCAUGUCUGCAACGAUUACUUCAGGAUACUUUGCACUACGUUUACUCGUCGUCUGUUCUAUUUCUCGCAGCCGAAACUUCUGCGCAUGCAUUAUGACUGAAGGUCAAUCAAGUUUUCGAACAAUCGCGACUCGCACAGA